AUGAUUAAAAUGAAAUUAGCAUUAUUCGCGCUUGUUGCUGUAUUGUGUGCAACCUUGGUCAGUGGUUGUUCAAAUACCCCAUAUAAAAAUGAAGUUUCACCAGUAUACUAUGCAAACAAUCUCACUGCUACCGAACUUGCCCUUCAUGAAGGCAACAUGCAAAAGGUCAUUGACUAUUACCUCAACGGUCCUACUGGAGCCAAAUCCUUCUUUUCAGCCCUCAUUGUCGAUGCUGUCACCAACGAGGAAAUCUGCUAUGGCUACAACCAAGGUGGCAAGUCAAUGAUCUAUCACGGUGAGAUCCAAGCCAUCAUGAAUUGUACCACUAUAACCGGAAGAAAUUCGUGGAGCGGAACCUAUCUCUACACUACCGGUGAGAGUUGUCCAAUGUGUCAAGCCGCCAUUAUGUGGUCUGGUUUUGACAAGGUAAUCUAUGGCUCUAGCAUCAAAACAUUGUACUGCGAAAAUUGUAUGACCCAAAUCGCUUUGGACAGCAAUGUUGUCAACGGUCAAGGCUUCGGAUUGGUACAAGCCAAUAAUCAGACCGCCUGGAAGCCAGUCCAAAUCAUUGGAGGUAUCCUUUCCAAUAUCACCGACACUAAAGUGUUUAGAAAUUACUGUAACAGUACCACUUCUAUCUUCAAAGCUACCCCAUAUUGCAAUGCUGACUUUGUUGGGUACAACAAUACUUGCGCAGGCACCAACUCGACUUGUCCACCAUGUGAAAACAACGCAACCUGUCCACCAUGUGAAAACGCUGCCAGUUUCAACGCCAACACAAUGUCAUUUGUUUUGAUUAGUUUCCUUGCAGCCAUCGUCAUCUUUGCAUGA